GUGACGACCUCUGCCACACAAGCUGCCUCUGCCUCUCGCCGCAAGAAUGACGCCCACUUUGUGUGCCCCGUGCCAGGCUGCGGCUCUCACUUUACUCGUCAGUUCAAUUUGAGGUCCCACCUGAGGUCCCACGCGGACGAGAGGCCGUUCAAGUGUCCAGACUGUGACAAGGCAUUCGCCCGUGCGCACGAUGCCAAACGGCACCACGAGACUCUACACUUGAGCGUCAAGAAGCACAAUUGCGAGUGGUGUAGCCGUCAAUUUGCCAGAUUGGAUGCCUUGCAUCGCCAUCUCAAGCCCGAAAGCGGG